AUGGCCUUCAGAGGUAGCUCAGGCAAACUGUACACACCAAACAAUGGCAAGUUCUUGGGAUUGGUACAAUCGUUGGGUAAAUUCGAUCCUGUUAUGGAGGAGCAUUUGAAGCUGGCAACAACAGGCGGCAUUUCUGAUCACUAUUGUGUGAAUCGGUGGAAAAUACUUAGUGAUCACGUGGAGCUCUACAGUUUGAAAAAGCUAAGCGAUACGCGUUGGGAAGCCAAAAUAAAUAGCGUAAAAUCUGUUCGUUAUCAAAUUUGCGAAAUUCAUGAUGCUUUAGUGACAUUGGCUAACUUAACAGAAAAAACCGGUCACACCACCUCACAUGAGGCAAGCACAUUAGCAGAGCAACUGGAAGAUUUCAGUUUCAUUGUGUCUUUGGUGGUUUGGUACGAAAUUCUGUUUCAAAUAAACGUUGUUAGCAAAUCACUGCAGUCCAAAGAUAUCGAUCUCGGUAAAUCUGCAGAAAUGCUCGGUAAUUGUUGUAAUUUCUUCGAAGAAUACGGAGAAACCGGAUUCAAAAAAGCUUUAUGCACUGCGAGCGAUCUCGCAAAAGCGCUUCAAACCAAACCAGAGUUUGCACCUGCGAAACGUUUACGACGUAUAAGACGUCAGGAUGGUGAAAUGGCUACGGAUGAGCCGAUUGAAUCUCCAGAGAAAAAAUUCGAAGUGGAAUUCUUCAACAAGUUGCUGGACGUCGGUUUAAUGUCAUUAAAAGAAAGAUUUCAGCAAUUGAAAGACUAUUCGCAAACGUGGUCAUUUUUACACGACAUUAAAAUAAUUCCGGAAAAAAAUCAACUCGCAGUAUUAUGUGCCAAUCUUCAGCAAAAACUCACUGUUGGUUCUAAUUCCGAUAUCGACGGAGACGCACUUUGUGGGCUCAUAAGUUUGCAACCUUUUCUCCCAGAUGAGAAUAUUUCGUGUAUAAAUGUUCUCAACUUUAUACGACAGCGGAAUAUUCAAGAACUUUAUCCAAAUGUAUGGAUUGCAUUCCGGAUUUUUGCAACGAUUCCGGUUACAGUUGCAAGUGGAGAACGCAGUUUUUCUGAACUAAAAUUAAUAAAAACGUAUCUCCGAUCAACAACCUCUCAAUCGAGACUCUCUAACCUGGCUACUCUGUCGAUUGAAAAUGAAAUCGCUGAACAAUUGGAUUUUUCUAGUUUAAUUCGUGUAUUUGCUGACAAAAAGGCUCGAAAAGUAAAAUUUUACUAA